AGCCACCACCGAACACGGAAAUGUGUUCCGCGCGCAGCGACUGCAGUCGGCUGUGAGCAGCCCGUGUCGACGACUGCUACGCCGCGAAGACCCUCACUGCGGCCCGGCCCAACUUCCCGGCGUCUCAGGCACUGCUCGGCCCCCGACCAUGUCGCAGCACGCACAGCCAGUGCCACCCCCGCCGCCCCCACCGCCGGCCGGCGUCAUCGUGCCCGCGCCUGCAGCCGUGGCCUCGGCAUCCGCCGCCGCCGCCGCCCCCGCCGCCCCCCAGCACCAGCCCCCGGCGGGCGCUGGCCAGCCGUGCGGUGCCUACGCGUGUGAGCCUUCUCCGCUCGCCGGGCCGCAGCCCCCAGCACUGCCGUCGCCCCCGCAGCUGCGUGCCAAUCUCCAGGACUCGCCGCUCGACCUCAGUGCCGCCACCGCCUCCAGCCACAACAGACCGCAAGAAGUUAUCCAGAAGGUGAAGGUGGAACAUGCAAAAUGGAAAGAAGAGCGCACACUGGAGAACUGUUCAAACAUUCUGAGAUCGCAGCUGAAUGGGCACAGGGAUGUCGGGGCCGUGCCCACUCCAGAGGAAGAUAAGAUGGGAAUUUACGACAGCAACCCUGCCGUGACAGGAUCACCGCAGAAGUGGUGCCAAAUGGCCAGCACCGCUCAGUAUCCUGAGCACACCCUUCCACGAGCAGCAGCCACAGAGGCACCCGGCGCAGGCAGCCAGUGCUGGAGAAUGCCGCAUCCGACCGGUGGGUCUCCGUACAGGGCGAACGUGCAGUCGUACGCAAACCGUCAUUAUGCCCCCCUGGCCAUGACUCCCAAGAGUCAUCGGUUCUCCCCUCUGAAACCCAAGCCCAUUCGCGAAGGAUGCACGACCCCGAUCCAUGUGCAGAUCCCGAGCUACCGCCACGGCCCGGUCCACGAGACGGCGGCAUCCUCGUAUGGCAGCCCACUGCAGAAUCCAGAGCACGGCUCGGCAUUCACGAGGCACGUCCGUGUUGCCAGCCCACUCACCGGUGGGAGGAGCUCCAACAGCUGGGCGCAGGGGCGAGAUGGUGACAUGAGGAACGCCGACAUGCUGAUGCAGAUGCUCCCCAAUAGCAGAGCCACUCCACCACUGGCGUCACCGCUGCUGGGCCGCUACAGCCCCGACCACUCGCAAGGCCUCGCUACGCCGCACACCUCACAGGCGCCGCCACAGCCGCAGUGGUCAUCGCCCAGCUGGAUGAUAGACGCACCCGGGUCGUUUCAGUGUACAACGCCACCACAGAUGUCGUCAGGGGAGGCAGCUGGUUGCACCCUGCCCAUUCCGAUGCCGCAGGUGCUGCAGUCACAGGGCAAGAACGUGCGCCCUUUCAAGAUCUUUAACUACGACGAGCUGCUCGGAGAGCCGGCUACACCCGAGAGCAGCCUAGGCAGGCUGCCGUUCGACACCCGAGAGAACUACGAAAGAUUCCUCAACGAGCAACUCGCGCUGUUACCAUCGCCAUCACAAGGCAGAAGGCGCGCACCUAGCCCGCCACCCGAGGAGCACCAUCCGUCUCCAGACGAGACUCCUGAAAUGGCUGCCUACAGGGCACGCCGCCUGAGGAACAACCUGGCCGCCAAGAAGUCCCGUCUUGCACGGCAUGAUAGAGAAGACAACAUAUCAAUAUCUGCAGUGUUCUGCUGUUACACCAUUAGACUCUACAGACAUGAACUCGGGAUGGCGAGGCUCUUAACACGGAAGCUCAAAAGGCAGCUGGAGGCAGUUUACUUGCAGCUGUACAACAAAGGAAUUCUUCAUUUACUGCAGUGAAUCGUGUGACCUGCACCCGCAAUGUACACAGAGGAGAACUGUUGCAUAGCCUCCUAAUUGUUUAUGCUACUUCAAUAGUACCUGGAAAAGACGCUCUAGUUUUAUGUAAAGGCAACUCAGAUCGUUUAUUUACAAAACAGAGUUAUCGAUAAUAUAUUUUUUUCGAAUCUGUAUAAACAGAUGUUUCCACAUUUUGACAAUAUAAUGAAAAAAAUAGAUUGUGACCCACCAUUUAGUGGAGAUAUUGAGUCACAUACAGUCUAGACAAGAGUUGUGCCUGUUUUGACUCAACAUCUACACUAUGUAGUGAGGAAACAUCUAUUUUUUUCAUUAUACUGUCAUUAUUCCAUCGCGUAUUUUCUGAUGGUUAUUCUGCAUUUUGAUGGCAAAGCACAUCAUGUAUUCGGCAAGAUCUAAGUGAAAACAAAAAAUCUCUUUGUGAUAUACAUAUGCCUUCCAUUGAGUAGUUUAAAAUUAAAAUAGCAAACCAAGUAUUGCUCACAGCCAAUAAUAUUAAUUGUAAAUAUGACAUUUUUAUAAAUAUUGGUUAAAAUGUCUUAAGCCAGGUACAUAUAUAAUUUUAUUGCAGAGGAGCCAAUCUGCAAAGUGAAUUUCUUUUAUGGACAUUUUGUCGAACUUUUAUUCUGUCAAAUAUGCCAUGAUGCCAAAGAGGAUUAAUCAAGUGAGAGACAAUAAAUGGGUAGAGUUCUUAUGUUCUGACCUAAAUUGUUCCAGAUAUGAACAAUGUUAGAAGAGUGAAAAAAUUUUGUAUGUAAAGAUUACUACUGAAGACUAAAAACUGUGCUGUGUUUUUAAAUAAAAGACUGAAAGUAUGAUUACAGAUUUAACUAUACUUAAGGAUUACACCAAAAUGUAGUGACUUGUUUUGUACUAGUUGAAUAAAUCUGUCACAUUAUUAUAUAA